CUGAAAGAAGGAUGGAGAACCGGUUAAGAAAACUGGAAGCCAUGAUCAGAGACCCGCGGUCUGCGAUUAACUUGGAAAGUUUAGUGGAUUCCAUGAAUGCUUUGGUUCUAGAUCUGGACUUCCCUGCAUUACGCAAAAACAAGAACAUUGAAACCUUCUUGAACAGAUAUGAGAAAGCGAUGGGGCAUGUCAGAGAUCUGCAGAUGAAGUCUGAGGAUUUUGACCGUGUCAAGGUGAUUGGAAGAGGAGCGUUUGGGGAGGUGCAGCUGGUAAGGCAUAAAGCAUCUCAGCGGGUGUAUGCCAUGAAGCUGUUGAGUAAGUUCGAGAUGCUCAAACGCUCUGACUCGGCGUUCUUUUGGGAGGAGAGGGAUAUCAUGGCCUUUGCUAACAGUCCCUGGGUUGUACAACUGUGCUGUGCCUUUCAAGAUGACCGUUACCUGUACAUGGUGAUGGAGUAUAUGCCUGGCGGAGACUUGGUCAACCUGACCAGCACGUAUGAUGUGCCAGAGAAGUGGGCGCGUUUCUACACAGCUGAGGUGGUGCUAGCACUGGAUGCCAUUCACUCCAUGGGCUUCAUCCACAGGGAUGUCAAACCAGACAACAUGCUUUUAGAUUGCCACGGGCACCUCAAACUGGCAGACUUUGGCACCUGUAUGAAGAUGGACUCGACGGGUAUGGUUCACUGUGACACAGCGGUAGGAACGCCUGACUACAUCUCACCCGAAGUACUGAAGUCACAGGGUGGAGACGGUUACUACGGCCGCGAGUGCGACUGGUGGUCAGUAGGAGUGUUCAUCUAUGAGAUGCUGGUUGGUGACACCCCUUUCUAUGCUGACUCACUUGUCGGAACCUACAGUAAGAUCAUGGAUCAUAAGAAUUCUCUCAACUUUCCUGAUGAUGUGGAGAUUUCUGCUGAAGCCAAGAACCUGAUCUGUGCCUUUCUGACUGACAGGGAGGUGCGACUUGGGCGUAACGGGGUGGAGGAGAUCAAACGUCACCCGUUCUUCAAGAACGACCAGUGGAACUUCAGUACAAUCAGAGAUUCUGUUGCCCCUGUGGUUCCUGAACUAAGCAGUGAUAUCGACACCAGUAAUUUUGAUGAGAUUGAAGAUGAUAAAGGCGACGUGGAGACGUUCCCAACCCCCAAAGCGUUUGUGGGGAACCAGCUUCCCUUCGUGGGCUUCACCUACUUCAAAGAAGACCAAGGCUGUUCACAGAGAUGGAAGCAUAACUCUCUCUCUGUGUGUGUGUGUGUGUGUGUGUGUCAUGGACAGUCCGCAGAGCUGCAGCAGAAGCUACGUGUCUUAGAGGAGCAGCUAAGCGCCGAGAUGCAGGCCAAGGACGAGCUGGAGCACAAGUGCCGAACCGCCACUGCCCGUCUGGACAAGAUCUCAAAAGAACUGGACGAAGAGAUGAGCAGCAGGAAGGCACUGGAGUCGUCUCUAAGGCAGCUGGAGAGAGAGAAAGCCCUGCUGCAGCACAAGAGUGUAGAAAGCCACCGGAAGGCAGAGAAUGAAGCAGACAAAAAGCGCUACUUGGAGAAUGAGGUCAACAGCUUGAGAGACCAGCUGGAUGAGAUGAAGAAAAAAAACCAAAACUCCCAUAUCUCCAACGAAAAGAACAUUCAACUGCAGAGACAGCUGGAUGAGGCAAACGCCUUGCUGCGGGCGGAGUCGGAGGCUGCCACGAGGUUGCGGAAAGCGCAGACGGAGAGCUCAAAGCAAACGCAGCAGCUGGAGGGUACUGUGCGGGAGCUGCAGGACAAGUGCUGCCUGCUGGAGAAUGGCAAGCUCAAACUGGAGAAAGACUUCAUCAGUCUGCAAGCGGCCCUGGACGCCGAGAAACGCGACCGCAGCCAGGGCUCCGAGACCAUCUCGGACCUGCAGGCGCGUAUCUCUGGGCUGGAAGGUGAGGUGAAGGAGGCAAGACUGGCUCUGUCCAAAGCCGAGACUGAGAAGAGACAGCUACAGGAGAAACUCACUGACCUGGAGAAGGAGAAGAGCAAUAAGGAGAUUGACAUGACAUAUAAGCUCAAAGUGCUUCAGCAAGGGCUGGAGCAGGAGGAAGCAGCACACAAAGCCACCAAAGCCCGCCUAGCCGACAAGAACAAGAUCAGCGAGUCCAUUGAGGGAGCCAAGUCUGAGGCCAUGAAGGAGUUGGAGCAGAAGCUGCAGGAGGAGAGAGCAUCUAAGAUGCGGGUGGAGAAUAAGCUGUUGGAGCUGGAGAAGCAGAGCUCCAUGCUGGACUGUGACUACAAACAGGCACUGCAGAAGCUUGAGGAAGUGCGUCGGCACAAGGACAGGCUCACUGAGGAGGUGAAAAACCUAACUCUGAAGAUUGAGCAGGAGAUACAGAAACGCACUCUGACGCAGAACGACCUGAAGGCUCAGAGCCAGCAGCUCAACUCCCUGCGCACAUCAGAGAAGCAACUCAAACAGGAGACCAACCACCUGCUGGACAUCAAACGCAGUCUGGAGAAGCAGAACCAGGAGUUACGCAAGGAGCGACAGGAAUCAGAUGGGCAAAUGAAGGAACUGCAGGAUCAGCUGGAGGCUGAACAGUAUUUUUCAACACUGUAUAAAACUCAGGUGCGGGAGCUGAAGGAGGAGUGUGAGGAGAGGAAUAAGCUUUACAAGGAGAUGCAGCAGAAUCUACAGGAACUGCAGGAGGAGAGGGACUCGUUGGCAGCCCAGCUAGAGAUUACGCUGACAAAGGCAGACUCGGAGCAGCUGGCGCGUUCCAUCGCUGAGGAGCAGUAUUCUGACCUUGAGAAAGAGAAGAUUAUGAAGGAGCUGGAGAUCAAGGAGAUGAUGGCUAGACACCGGCAGGAGCUCAGCGAGAAAGACACCACCAUCAGCUCAUUAGAGGAGGCUAAUCGCACCUUGACGAGUGACGUGGCCAACCUGGCGAAUGAGAAGGAGGAGCUGAACAACAAAUUGAGGGAGAUUCAGGAAGACCUACACAGGUUGAAAGAAGAUGAGCAGCAGCUGGCUCAGAUGAAGUUUAGCUUUGAGAAGCAGCUGCAGUCUGAGCGAACUCUCAAAACUCAGGCGGUAAACAAGCUCGCUGAGAUCAUGAAUAGGAGGGAAGUACGUGGCGGUGGAAGUCGCCGUGGCAACGACACAGAUGUUCGGCGGAAAGAGAAAGAGAACAGGAGGCUGCAGCUGGAACUCCGCUCAGAGAAAGAGAAACUCAAUAGCACCAUCAUCAAAUACCAGAAAGAGAUCAACGAAAUGCAGGCGCAACUAGCGGAUGAGUCUCAGGUGCGCAUCGAGCUGCAGAUGGCAUUGGACAGUAAAGACAGUGACAUUGAGCAGUUACGCGGCCUCCUCAACUCCCUCAACGUCCAUUCACUGGACUCCACCAGCAUCGGCAGCGGCCCUGACUUUGACAGUGACGACCCUCAUCUAGAGACCAGGCUAGAGGGCUGGCUGUCUCUACCAGUGCGGAAUAACACCAAACGCUUUGGAUGGGAGAAAAAGUAUGUUGUGGUUAGCAGUAAGAAGAUUUUGUUCUACAACAGUGAACAGGACAAAGAACUGUCCAAUCCAUACAUGGUGCUGGAUAUAGAUAAACUCUUUCAUGUGCGAUCAGUCACCCAAACUGAUGUAUACCGGGCUGAUGCCAAGGAGAUUCCCAGGAUAUUCCAGAUCCUGUAUGCCAAUGAAGGAGAGAGUAAAAAGGAGCAGGAGUUGGAGCCCUUGCCUGCAGGAGAGAAAUCCAGCUACAUCUGCCAUAAAGGUCAUGAGUUUAUUCCCACCCUCUACCACUUUCCCACCAACUGUGAGGCCUGCACCAAACCUCUGUGGAACAUGUUCAAGCCGCCUCCUGCCCUGGAGUGUCGCCGCUGUCAUAUCAAAUGCCACAAAGACCAUAUGGACAAGAAGGAAGAGGUCAUUGCUCCCUGCAGAGUCAAUUACGACGUGUCCACGGCGAAGAACCUGUUGCUGCUAGCUGCCUCUCAGGAGGAACAGCAGAAGUGGGUGAGCCGACUCAUCAAGAAGAUCCCCAAAAAGCCUCCUGCCCCAGAACCGCAACACCGCUCCUCACCUCGUGCACCCGUCAGAGUGCAGCCCAGCCAGUCCAUGAGGAGGCCUAGCCGACAGCUGCCCCCCAGCAAACCCAGUUAACCUCACUGUGGGGAUGUGGUGAAACUACAUGGUGGUUCUGUGUUUCCUUCUUCCACACCAACAAAAGACUUUUGUCACUAAGUUUUACAAAAAUUUGGCUAAUCCAAAAAAAGACACCAAGUACUUGUUACUGAAACAUCUUUUAGAAGGAUCUUUGUUGCUCUUCUGAGCUCACAAAAUAUUUACUUCCACUAGGAGAACUCUACCAAAAGUCUUCAACAAACUGCAAGACAUUCUCUCCAAACCACAGAUCCAGUAUCAUUUCAAGCCUUCUUCUGUAAACCGAUUCAGAACAUGGAUGGGUGUGAAUGUGAAGGGCUUUGGGAUUUGGUUCUCCAGUCCUCUGUAAGGGCUUAUGUCCCUCACAGCAUUACUUAACUAACCCAGCCAUUUACAAGUUCUCACAAAAAUCCCUAACAGCUGGCGAGUAGAAGAACUCUGAAGCACUUACCUGGACAGCACCUAUGGGAAUCACGAAAGGGACCAAAAAAAAAGGGACUGUGUCUUCAACACGAAGGUUAAGCUGCCCGGCCAGUUUUAAUGCUCAAGGCCAAGUCUUUGUCCUCAACAUUUUCACCCAUGGGCUGUAAGUGCAGGGUAUGCGGUACCAUACACUACACAAACAAGGAGACAGCAGCACUACACAAGUAAGAACUGUCACUCAUGCCAGUAAGGAUGCAGUGGAUCCCUUCAGGGUCUGUUUAGUCACUAUUAUAAUUUUAAGGUUUGUACAUGUUAUGCAGGGCUUUGGAAGUUCAUGAAAUCACACUUGGCUGUCUGGUUUGGAAAGCUAGGAUUUUACCUCUUGUUUGCUCCCUCAGCAAUGCCUUAACUGUCAACAAAACAAAAGCUUGUCCAUUACUGGAUGGCCAAUGUUUACUGCACUCACUGAAAAUGUUACCAUUGCACCGUUAAUGCAUUUCCACAGCUGUACUCUUACCGUGUGUUGAAUGUAUAUCCGAAACGACACAAGCAUUGUAUGAAGAAGAAGAACAUUGUAUUGAAGAGAUUGACUUUC